CGCCAAGACCAGAAACUGCAGUAGAAUUGUAGCUAACGCAACCGUAGCCCGCCAAUGGGCGGUUGUACACUCCACAGUCGCCAUGUUGGUUUUCAUUUUGGGGGAGUCAUGUGCCUAUGCCGUCAGAUUGGGCAAAUCUACAUGUAUUUGCGGAACACCGUGUGAGAAAUAAUUUGACAUGGCAAGCUACAGAGACGUCCGUCCCGUGUCGACCAAUAGCUCGGACGAUAGCAGUGGCGAUUCAAACAGUGACAGUGAGGAGGAUCAGCCGUGGAAACGUCGAAAGGCGACGAGCCAAUCACAGGGCAUACGCAGCCAGAAACAGCAUCCGAUUGGCUCAGACCUGAAGCAGGAUGCUCCGAAGGUUGCUCCCGGCAACAGCUCCCAAGCAGGUGUGAAAAGACCCCGGAGGAAUAACGUCUGGGGCGAGGUCGUGCAACAGCAGAACGAGGCCCUGGUCGCUCGUGAAAUGGACGAAUUUGGCAUGGACUUAAAUCGCAGCCGGGACGUCGAAAGCUACAACUACAAACUGGAUACAGAGGAGAACGCGUCGAGGGUGUAUCUAGGAGCGCCAUCUGUCUCCAAACCGGAGUCGAACCAGGGGAGGAAUCUCAAACGAGGCAUCGGAGAAGCGGACGAUGAUAGCUGGCUUGUGAAUCCGCAGCGAAACCAAACUGAGAGCGGUGAGCGAAAACCCGUGCAUGAUCGGCUUGGGGAGAGAGUUCCUAGCCACAGGCCGAUCGCCAAAGCCAGACUCGGGAGUCGAGUAGAGUCUUCCGACGUCACCCCCAUGAAGCUCAUCACCAUCGACCCGGCGCUUAGCAAGAAAGAGAUAACAGGCAAAUUGGCUUACAGUCUGCAAGAACCUAAGCGAGAACUGAUCGUGAGAGUCGUGGACACCCUCGGAGUGGAGAAAUCUUUAGAGUUGUGGAACUUGACUGCAGAUAUUGAAAAAGAUGGCGGCAUGAUGAUACUGAAUGGCUCUCGAAGGCGAUCACCGGGUGGAGUGUUUCUUCAGCUGAUGAAGACAGAUCCGCAGGUUACAAAAGAACAAGUCAACAAAAUCUUUGCCGAGGAGAGGAAGAACGAGAACGAGCAGAAGCAUAAAAGGGAGAGACGACGAAAACGCAAGAAAACUGUCAAGUUCAAAGAAGAGGUUGAAGAAGCGGUACCCAGAGGAGAUGAAGAGGCAACGGAAGUAAAGGAAGAGAGGAGGAUUAGUGAGGAAGACGAAGGACCCUCAGUCAGAGAAGCUGAGGAGGUGCAGUUGAAGAGAGAAGGCCAGGGGCUGGAGAUGGAAGAUGGAGAAAUUGAUGAUGAGGAGGAGAAACAGGAGGAAAAGACACUUAUACAGGAAGAGCAGAUGGAGUAGAGACAGUGGGCAGAUCCUUAGGCACCGCCCACUGAUGCGCUAACCAAUCACAGCCUUUUAAUGCACAAUUGAACUAUUGCCGUUUGCGAGUUAGCCACGCCCCUUAGACAACCCUAUGGAGUUUGUGUGCACUUAAGUUUUGUCUGUCUCAGAUUUUGCGCGUUCCACGUCCAUUUGUAUAUCAUGUAAUUGGACAAUAUUUCACAAGCUGCGUUGACACGAUUCUGCCGCGAUUCUGCCGCGAUAGGUCA